UUAUCAUUCCCUGCUUGUCUCUCUCCCUCAUUCAUUCCUACACACAGGUAACAUGCCUGUUCUCUGCUCUCUCUCUCUCAGAAUGACAGUUCUAGGUAUACCUUUAGGCAUGGUUUUCUAUUUACUUCAAACUGUUUCUGGAGAAAGUGGAUAUGCACAGAAUGGAGAUUUUGAAGAUGCAGAACUGGAUGACUACUCGUUCACAUGCUUUAGUCAGUUGGAAGUAAAUGGAUCCCAGCACUCACUGACAUGUACUUUUGAUGACCCAGAGGUCAACAGCACAAAUCUGGAAUUUGAAAUAUGUGAUGCACUUUUAUAUGCAAAAUGUUUGGAUUUUCAUAAAUUGAAAGAGAUGUAUAUUUUAAUGACAAAGAAAUUCUUACUAAUUGGAGACAGCAACGUUUGUGUAAAGCUCAGGAGAAAGAAUAUUACUUGCCGAAAAAUGAACAUAGUCAAUAUAGUUAAACCUGAGGCUCCUUUUGACAUAAAUGUCAUCUACAGAGAAGAAGCAAAUGAUUUUGUGGUGACAUUUAAUACAUCACACUUGCAAAAGAUGUAUGUAAAAGACUUAGUACAUGAAGUAGCCUACCGCCAAGAAAAAAAUGAAAAUGACUGGAUGAAAGUGAAUGUGUCUAUCACAAAGGUGACACUUCUUCAAAGAAAGCUACAGGCUGAUGCAAUGUAUGAGAUUAAAGUCAGAUCUUACCCUAGAAAAUAUUAUGAAGGCUUCUGGAGUGAAUGGAGUCCACCCUACCACUUCAGAACUCCAGAGAACAAGCGUCUAGGUGAGAUGAAUUCUAUUUUACUCACUACCAGCAUUCUGGGUUUUUUCUCUGUGACUCUGAUGGUCAUCUUGGCUGGUGUACUCUGGAAAAAAAGAAUUAAGCCUAUUAUUUGGCCCAGUCUCCCUGAUCAUAAAAAGACUCUAGAACAACUGUGCAAAAAACCAAAAAAGAAUUUGAAUGUGAGCUUCAAUCCUGAAAGUUUCCUGGACUGCCAGAUUAAUAAAGUGGAUGACAUUCAAGCUAAAGAUGAAGCAGAAGGUUUUAUGAAAGACAGUUUACCUCCACAAUUAGAGGAGUGUGAAAAGCAGAUAUUUGAGGGGGAUGUACAGGGACAAAGCUGGCCAAGUGCCAUCAUCACUCCAAACAUUUUCGGAGGAGAUUCACCCUUCAGAUUCCAGUCUGGGGAUAUCAGUAUGUGUGAUGUCCCUGAGACCCCCUCCUCCAGGACCCUAGACUGCAAGGACAGUGACAAGAACAGACCUCAUAUAUAUGAGGGUCUAUCACUAGGUCCUGGAACUGUACCCCAUAUUCUAUCCCUUCCUUUCCCUUCCCAAGCAGGAAGGAACCCUGCUGUCCAGAGACAGACCCUCCGCACAUCCUUGGGAUUAAGUCAAGAGGAAGCUUAUGUCACCAUGUCUAGCUUCUACCAAAACCAGUGAACAGUAAUAAACUCAUCACUGGAACCAGCUAAGAUGACCAAGAUCCUAAUUUAUGUCCAAGCAUAAAGAAGACACAAUUAAUGCCUGCCCCUCACUAUGACUUACAAAGUUCUGAAAUAUCUUUGGAACCAUUCCUGCCUGCCUGCUUUUGUGAUCUUCAGGUUGAUACAACAGCAUGCAUUAUCAGAAAUCAAAAUGAUUAAAUAUUUCAUAAAGGAAAACAUUGCAUAAAAAUAAAAAAUUCAAGGAAGAAAGGGUAAGGAAGUAAGAAAGGCAGUAAGAGAGAAAGAGGAAAAGAAUGAUAGCCACCAUUAUUAGAAUGUACUGUUUUUCCAUUGUUACCCUAAGUGCUACCACACAGCUUAUUUAUUGUUACCACACAGCUUAUUUACUGCAGCCUCACAAUUCUAGGAAGAGGAAGCAAUAUUAUUCUUAUUUUAUAUACUUUAUGAUUGAUGAACCUGAAAUUUAAAAGGGUAAAGUAAGCUGCCUCUGUUUUCCACUCAGUGUGGAAUUAAGAUCUGAUACCUCGGAAUGUGACUGCAAUCUCUCUGGAGUACAUGCUUUCCUCUUCACGCAAGACUAUUUCAUUCUUAAGUGCCAAGUCUCACCAAAAUCAGGAUAAUUCAUAUCCAAACUGAGUCACUUUUCAAAGUGAUACUUAUAUCCAGUCAUUCCAGGACAGCAAAUAUAAGCCCCGAAGUGUCCCAGAAAAGAGGGAUAAGUAUUCAUCUAAAUUAAAAACAAAAGAAUUUAUGAAUACAAAACUGAAUAACUUGUUUCAUAAUGUAUAAAGUACCAUGACCAGCCAUGUUUAUAGCAGGCAAAUAAGGAGAGAAAAAGCUACAUAAAAGUGAUCAAGAGAGAAUAAAGUGAAAACCCAGCAUUUCUAUUGGGUAGAUGAAUCUGUUUCUGUUCCUGGAUAUAAGUACAUUUGAGCAGCAAACCAGGGAUUAAUUCUUCUAUGUGUAGAGACUGCUCCACCUCAAAUUCAUCCAGAAAAAAAGUCCCCAGUUCCUCAGUUAUGGAUACUGCCACAAAUUUCAGAACAAAGGAGUAAUAAGGACAUGUAGUAAAUGACCGAUGGUGGUCAUGUACAUGAAGACAUAGAGAAGAAACUUGUCAUUAACAUUUGAGAUGUGCUAUCUCACAUUUCUUGUCUUAGGUUAAUUUCUAGUCACUAUUUCAAAUAAAAUUUAAAAAUUUCAAAGUCUGAAUUUGGGGGGCAUCUCUCCCAAAAUCGCUCCUCUCUGAUAUAUGCACAAAACAAGGCAGAGCAGCAUAGAUUCAGGGUUUUAUCUAGGAUUUGUCUUUCUCUACCUCCACCACACCCCCUUUGUUUUUCUGUUUACUGGAAGGACUGGAAGGGGGGCUAAGUUGUUGUUGCUUGUUUGUGGGGAUAUAUAUUUUUUAAUUUUCCUCUUUGGUGAUGCCUAUAAAUAGUUUUAAAUUGUGGUCUGAUGGACUUUAUUAGGUUUAGAGACCUAAUAACAAUCAAAUAUAACAGAUAAUAUUAGUCACUAUAUUGUGUAUUGUUCAUUCAGAAAUAACUUUCUUUGAAUCAGAAUUAAUGGAUAUGAGCCCACCGUCCAUUAGAUUUGCUUUAGCAUUUUUGUGAUUUCCAAAGUACUACCAAAAUAAUUUUCUUCUUAAUUUUCCUGACAACUAUUUAUGGACUACAAGCUAUGCACUAAUAUAGUGACAAAUAUAGGGAUAUAAGACUAAUACAGUUAUUAUCUCGCACCUCAUGAGAUAAAAAUGUUUACCUAAGGUGAGUUUUAUAAGCAUUACUAUGAUUAAUACAAAAGGUUGUACUGAAAGUAUAUGCAAAAUGUCCUAUUGGAAAGAGUAGCAAAAAUGUCAAAAGUGACAUUCAUUUAUAUGAAGGAAAAGUGGAGUCUGUCUGGAACAUAUGUAACACAAGACAAUUCCCACUGGGUAAGCAUGCAACAUUAACUUUUUUGUGAAAAUGUGAGCCAAGUCUCAAAUAAAGGUCACCACAUAAAACCUCAUAUCCCAUCUAAUUCUCUAAUACCAUCUUCACAAAAGUCCUAUGAAGCAUUACUAAUAUUAUUUCUGACCUUUGGGACAUCAAACAAAGGAGUCAUCCUUAACUGUUCAAGACUGGAAACUGUUGUUUGUGCUUCUGGUAGAUAUAAACAGACUAACUUCAGAAGAUGAAGUUAGAGGAACACUGAGAUCCCCCCAUCCCCUGCUUUACAAAUCCUGUUUUUAUUUCUGUUUCAGUGCUGUUUAUCACAAGUUUGCUUGAGUUUAGUGUGCAAAUGUCUUUCUAUAUUUGGAAACAUAAUAUUCAUGUUUUAUACUAUUAUUACCAUAAUUGCUGCUAAUGCUUGGUUAUAUUGUAUACUCAAGGGGCAACUGUACAAUAUAAGAUUACAAUCUGUUGUUACCAGCUCCUCUUCUGGUCAUGCACAAAAUAUAAAGUAGAGAUGUAAACUGCUAGUUUUUUUAUAGCAGGAAAUGAAAAGAAAACUGAAAAAUGGACAUUUUUAAAUCACUUAGACAAAAAUAUCUGAAUCUAGGGGAGAUUGGCUUAGUUGACAUGUUUGCCUCUUUCUUCAUUCUGGUUUCCAUGGAGAGUUGCUAUAGAAAAACCCAAGCACAGAAUGUUUUAUAUGUGUAUGCUUGCAGGGGUACAAGAUUGAAACUGGCCAGGAAGAAGGUGAGAAUAUAUGGUAGAAUAGCUAGAAAUGACAUUUCUGUCAGCUCAGUGCUUUAUUUUGUGAUUUGUCUCUGAAUUUGAGUAUGUACUUUGAAUUUGUAUUACAAAUAUUUUGCAAGCUGCUAAAUUUAUAAGUAUCUGAUGUAUCUAAUCAUAAUUAAAUGCUAUGGAACUCUU